AAUACAUUUUUUUAUCUAAAUUUCUAAUUUUUCUUUUAUUUUUCUGCUUUCAGACAUAAAAACGCGGCCUUGCCAACGAGAAUGUAGUGGCUGUAAGAAGUACGAGCUAAGCCAGCUGCGAAAUAUUGUGAUCUCCAGUGCACCAAAUGCAACGUUGCACCGCCAUUCGCUUGCCGUUUGUUCAUAGUUGAGUAGCAACCGUCCGCCUGGUCGGCUAACCCUCAGACACCUCGUUUUAGUUCGACGCAGAGCGAGCAUUUUAAUUAUCGCAAAUUCCCCGAAAACGCGGCGACCUGAUGACUAUGGCAGAAGGCACCGACCCCAUGGGGCAUCAGGCGGGCUCCCAUCAUCACCAUCACCACCAACACUCCCAUCAACGCCACCAUCCGCACCAUCAGCAUCCACAUCAGCAGAUGCAUCAGCGUCAACAGUCGCAUCCGCAUUAUGCGCCCUAUGCUGCUGCUGCCGCCGCCGCUGCCCACUUGCAGUAUCCGCUGCCACAACAUCUGCCACUGGCACUAAGUCUACAACAUCAGGCUGCUGCUGCCGCUGCCGCAGCCGCCGUUGCAGCCGAGCAGGUGAAUAACAAUCAACCCUUUGUGACCAACAACAACGUGCCGUGGAAGCAGCGCAAACGGAAGCGUUUAUCGGCUGUGCUGGAUAAGCUGCAUAAUCAUAACAACAAUAACAACAUCGUGAAUAACAAUGGUGGCAACAACAAUAACAACAAUAAUGUUAGCGGCCAAGGCAAUCAAAAUCACAGCCAUGAGGAGCCACUGGACGGCGAUGAGGAUGUCGAGAAUGAGGCUAAUUUUAAGAACAAUAACAAUAACAACAACAACACCAACCAUGGAAGCAACAAUAACAUGUGCUCCAAACGUCAAAAUUGUGGCGAUGACAGUGGGAAGGCGCUAAUGAGCAAUAAACGCUCCCUCAGUGAAGUAAGUGGCGAUGAAGCCGAUCUUGAGGCUGAGGCGGAUGCCGUGUCUGAUGAUCUGUCGCACGACAAUGAUAGCCCUCGUAUCAGCAUGAGUCCUUUGCAGCUGGUCUCAUCGAGCGAUAGUCCCUCGGCAGCGGCGCACCCCAUUGCUGCCGCUGCGACCUCGACACCCAGUGACAAUCCGCUGCACGUCGACAUCAAGACUGAGCACAUGCACAAUCCCUAUGACCGUUACUUUCCUAUUCCGUCGCCGCUCUUUGGCUAUUAUUUGCACACAAAGUACUUAAAUGAAGUAUUUCGACGACGGCAGGAUCUCUAUACGACACCAAUGCAGCACACGCCUUCCUCGAUCGCAUCGUCAAUCGCGGAUGAGACUUCGCCUACUGGUUUGGUGAAUUCGGGUGCUCAUCUAGACCAUCCGCCUCCUUUCCCACCAACAUCGACAGCUACUGCACAAGUUGCCGUCGGUGUUCCCAGCCGUUCGCCACCACCAGCCGUCACCGUUGCACUUCCUUCACCACCACGCAGCGAUUCAUCGGUCACAGCAAUUGCCACGGCUAAUACACGCACCAGUUCUUCACCUGCUGCACAAAGCAACGCUUCGGACCCGACCAUAAUGCCACCACCACAAGAGCGUCCAUUGGAUCUAUCAGUACGCAGCGGUGGCACGACGCCCACAUCUGAGCUGGGUGGCAAAAAGUAUAAAUCUCCAUCGCCACUGCCAGCGACCACACUUAUGUUGCCACCAGCACAGCAGCCCAUCUCAGCCACUGUUAGCGCCGCCUCCAUGUCGCCAAGCAACCCCUCCCACAAGUUCACUGUGGCAGGAAACAGCAAUCAUGCAUCAUUGGCCAGUUCUCCCGCACCUGUCUCCCCAUACGCUGCAGCUGCUGCUGCUGCACAUGCCGCCGCAGCCGCUGCCGCUGCGAUGAUCAAACUCGAAAUGCCAAUGCAUCCACUACAUUCACAUGCACCCAACACCACGGUGGGCGUGCCCGUAAUCAAAGGAGAUGUUGCAUCGCCCACCACCAAGGAAUCGGUCGCAUGGCGUUACAAUCUCGACGUCUCACCUGUGGUGGAAGAAAUGCCACCCGGCUCGGAUGUUGCCUACGUCUGCCCGGUUUGUGGGCAGAUGUUCUCGCUGCACGAUCGCCUCGCCAAACAUAUGGCGUCCAGGCACAAGUCGCGCAACCCCGCCAACGAUAUCACCAAAGCCUACUCAUGUGAGGUGUGCGCGCGUUCCUUCGCCCGUUCCGAUAUGCUCACACGCCACAUGAGACUGCACACCGGCGUUAAGCCCUACACCUGCAAAGUGUGCGGCCAAGUUUUCUCACGUUCCGACCACUUGUCCACACAUCAACGCACCCACACCGGCGAGAAGCCAUACAAGUGUCCACAAUGCCCGUAUGCCGCGUGCCGACGAGACAUGAUCACACGGCACAUGCGCACACACACGCGCUACGAAUCGCAACAACGCGGCGGUGGCUCCAACAAUAGUGGCGCUGCUGGUGAAGCCAGUGGCGCCUCUAAGUCACCGUUGCCAUUACUGGGCGACAUGAAGAUGAAUUUGCCGCUGCUAUUAAAGAGCGAGGAGCUAGCGGCCAAGUCGACGAUGCACAGCGGUAUCGGAAGCGCAUUGCCGAUUGUGGUGAAAACGGAGAGCGCCUAGUGGUGGCCACUCACAUACAAGGGCUGUAAAGCGUAGGUGCUGGAGACUCUCCUAUGGAGGGCUGCCGGGAAGAGAUUAACAUAAGGUCACAUGGAAGGAACAUGGGCCCUAUGUCCGUAAGAAAUGAAGUGAAUAUUCGAGAACUUUAUAAUUCAGGCGUACAAGUACAGAGUAGCUAAGUACAGCAUGAGAAAGUAGAUGUAAGGAUAACAACGGAUAAAACAUUUUAUUUUUCAAAAAUCUCUUUGUGAAGACUGAGACUAAUUUAAGCGUAAUAAUGAAUUUAAGUAUUUUUGUUUUUUUUUUUUCUUAAAAGAUUUGUAGAAAUGGGGUGGAAAAACUUGAAAUGGUGCAAGCCUACAUUUAUAUUUAUUUAAUUCACUAAGCUAAGUAUGCAAAGCUGACACUGAGGGGAAAUGAGUUGUGAGCAAACUUUUCGGAGAAUGAUUACGUGAAAGCGCGUGGGAGCUUUGAUGAAAUUUUUCGAUGAAAGCGCUCAACUUUUACUUGACAUUCGCUCGUUUGUCGGCGCCUAGGGUAUUGAGGCCAAAUUUGAUAUUUUAAUUUCAUAACAGUACAUAAAAAAUGUUAGUUUUAAAAAAACAAAUGGUUGUGAAUGGCAAUUCAGCAUUGAUUAGUUUUUUCCGAGCACAAACAUUUUUCGUCCUUAUGUCUAUAACUGUCUAUUUCUCUCACACAUAAGUACUCAUAUUCAUUAGAAGACAAACAAGCUAGACAAUUAGGAGAUUAUUGAUAUAAAUUUGAAGUUUAAGUUAAAUAAUCAUUUACUAUUUAGUUAAAAGCGGAUAAUUGGAUUUCAUUAGUUUUAUAAUUUGAUUUAAUUAAUUCGUAGAUUGUAUUCGAAAAAUAUUGAAAGCCCCACAAACUAAUUUUAAGCAUAAUUUUGAUUGAAAAAUCCUAAUUGCAGUAAUUUAUUCUAAUUUUUUAAGCUGCUUAACUUUAAGUGACAAAAAUUUAUUUAAUUACUAUUUAUUGCUAGUGGAAAAUGUGUGUAGGCAUGCAGCGUAUACCUAAGCACACACACACACACACAUAUAUAUAUAUAUAUAAAUUUGUAUUAUUAUAAAAUGUGAAUAAGCAAAUGAAACGACAAAAGACAAAGAAUUCCUCCUCUCUCUUACUCUCCCUCUCUCUUUCAAAAGAGCUGAAACACUGCGUUAAGUGAAAUGAAAGCGCGACUUUUAAAAGACCAACAAAAUGGACAACAACAAAAACUCCUAACCAGAAUUUAAUUAAUGUGUUUCGACUCUCUUUAUUUAUUAUUUCUUUAAGCUAAUUUAAUUAAUUUUGAUUCAUUAAAUGAAAUAAAAAAGCAAUCUGGUUUCCCUCGUUCUUUAGAGCAUUCUUACUAUUUAGUAGUAGUUGUUGUUGUUUUUUUUGUUACACAACCAAAUGCAAAGUGCUGGAAUUGUUAAGCGGCAAAAAGACACACAAGAACCCAGUUUCAUAUUUUUCAUACCUCUUUAUUGUUGUUGUUUUUAACUAUUUUUAUUUUUGAUUUUUUUUUAAGGCACACACAAAGAACGCUCGAUGUGUUUUGCUUACUUGUUUUUAUUGUAUAAAGAAAUUUCUAAUUUCGAAAUAAGAAAAUUUUAUAAAUUAUUUGUUUGUUGCACCAAAAAAUGUUUAUUGGAGUAUUUCAAAUUGUAACUGUUUCUAUUAUUUUUUUGUUUAACUGUGCAUAUGUUUUCUAUGAAAUCUGUUAAAUGCACUGCAUUGAAUUUUUCUUUCACAUCUGCACACACACACACACAUGCACACACAUGCACACACAUGUGAUUGUGUGUCAUUGCUUACCUACCUGUUAGUUUAUGUUGAAGUGAAUUAAUUAAUUUUAGUUUGUUUAAGCUGUUAUUUAUUAAACUUGAAUUUAAAUGGAAUAUUUAGUUUUGCUUUUAAUAAUUUAUAUGAAAAUAAACCUUGGUUAUGUUUACUUUGUAAUAAGCUUUUGUUUUUAAAUAAAUAAAACGACAAAUCUAC